ACUGCAAACUAUUUGCUCAAAACAAUUUCUUCCUUUCUGUUUUUUUGUUUUAAACAAUUAAUUCCAACAUUUGGUAUCGGAGCUCCGGGUGAUUCGUGGUGGAAAUCCGAAAUGGGCAAGCAUGGAGUAUCAACCCCAAUGAAGGACGCAGGCUCUGGUGGGAGUCCAUCCUCGAUGGGAACACCAGUGAAGGAAGGUAACUUGAUGUUACAGUAUCCGGUGUUAACCAACUCAAACUACCCUAUGUGGGUGGUGAAAAUGAAGGCCAAUAUGCGUGCUCAAGGUGUGUGGAGCGCUAUUGUUCCGACGGCAGAAGGCGAGGUUGAAGAACGCAAGGACCAAGCAGCUCUUGCAAUCAUUUUCGGAGCGGUUGAUGAUGAGAGCUUCAUCCAUAUUUCGGCCAAAGAGACGGCGAGAGAGGCCUGGGAAACACUCCGAACGGUAUAUCUCGGAGACGAGCGGGUGAAGGAAGUGAAACUUCAGACUCUACGGUUCGAGUUUGAAGGACUUUGGAUGACAGAGUCGGACUCGGUGGAUAGCUUUGGUGCGAAGGUGACUAACCUGGUCAGCCAGAUCAGGGCUCUUGGCGACAAAUUAGAGGAGUCUCAAGUCGUCAGGAGGGUGCUGCGAUCACUGCGGGAGAAGUUCGCGCACCUAGCGGCAACCAUCGAGGAGUAUGGUGGCCUCGAGAAAAAGAAAUUGGAGCAAGUCUUUGGUUCCCUUAAGGCGCAUGAGGAGCGCCUACGAGCUUAUGCACCACGUCAAGAUCAACAG